UUAAAGAUGGAGUUUAUUAAAGAGGAGAUUGAAGACAUGAGUGAUCCAGAACCAUCCAGAAUAAAACAUGAAGAUACUGAGGAACAAACAGACCGGAUUGAGAUGAAAGAGCAAAAACAAAAAUCGAAUGAAGUGGAAGAGAAACACUGUGACUUCAAAACUCAUACAAAAGCCAAAAAGAUGCACACAUGCUCUCAGUGUGAAAAGAGUUUCUCACAACUGGACACUUAUAAGCAGCAUCAGAAAACACACAAUGAAGUGAAAGACAUUGUGUGUCGUGAUUGUGGGAAGAGCUUUACUAGAGUUGGCCACCUUAAACUGCACCGAAUGAUUCACACUGGAGAAAAACCUCACAAGUGUUCAUAUUGUGCCAAGAGGUUCGAUCAGUCUGGAGACCUGAAAUCACACGAGCAGAUCCACACUGGAGAGAAACCAUAUCACUGUACUCAGUGUGGAGAGAGUUUCAGAUAUAAAACUGAUCUCAAUUGUAAUCUGCUCAUUCACUCUAAUGACAGGCCUUAUGCAUGUUCAUUUUGUGGAAAGUGUUUUGCUCGGCUGGAUCAUUGUAAACGGCACCAGAAGACACACACGGGUGAGAGAGAUAAUGUGUGUCAUGAGUGCGGGAAGAGAUUUACUAGAGCUGAUCAUCUACAACAGCACCAAAGAAUUCACACUGGAGAAAAACCUUACAAGUGUUCAUAUUGUGACAAGAGUUUCACUCAGUCUGGCGACCUGAAAUCACACGAGCAGAUCCACACUGGAGAGAAACCGUACUACUGCCCUCCCUGUGAGAAGAGCUUUAGAUUUUUAAGAAGCCUUGACAUUCACAUGAAAAAAUGUCCUAAGUUGUCACAAUGAGCAACUUUUUCAUGUUAGAACAAAUAUAGUGUGAGUUAAACAAAAUAUUGAGUUUCUCUCAAAAGCCCACAAACAUUUAGUUUGAUUUUGUGAA